AUGACUAUAGAAUAGACAUGCUCAAUUAAUUUACUGAUGGAUGAUAAACAAAAGAGAACUCCAGCUUUAAAUUUUAUUUGCGAAAGUCAUAAAAUGGAGAUUAUUAUGUUUAAUUUAAAUCAAAUAGAAUUUGAAUAAACAAACCCUUUUUUAUGUGUUGAAUGUGCAUAAGAUCUAUUAACUAGAGGUAAUAAGGCUGUUGCUAAUACAAUAUCUUUGAAGAAGGCUGACGAAAAAUGGAAUGAAUACAUUAAAGAUCAGUGUGAAAAAAGAUUAUAAAGGUAAUCAAGACUUAAUUAAGCUAUUGGACUCAUUAAGAAAUUAUAAGAAAAGUAUAAUUAGGAAUUGAAUAAAAUGAUUUAAUCUUUAAAUGACCAGUUAAAGAAAGAACCAAAGGAAUACGAAUAAAUUAUGAAAUUGAAAGAUACUCGAUUAUAGAAUUAAAAGAAACAAAGUCUUUAUGAAAUUAUUAAAAUUCUUGGUUAAACAGAUUAAUAAAAAAAGUAAGAAUAAAUUUCAAAUUAAGAAGAUUCAAAAUUUUACAAUAGUCAAAAGAAAAAAACUUACUUGUUGAAAAUUAAAUUUAGUGGCUGUAAAACUUUGAUACAUGUAUAAUAUUAUAUUUAUUUAGAACCAAAAAGAUCAAAUGAUUCAGAAAAUGAAUAAGAAUUAGUAGAAUUUCUUAAAAAAUCAACUAUUCAAGAUUUAUAUUUAUCAUUCUUUGAAAUGUCAUUUAACUCUUUAAGUUCUUUCAAAAAAGAAGAACAGGAAUUAUAACAAAAAGGAAAACUUACAAAGUUGUAAUAAUAAGAUUUGGAAAAUCAAAAUGAAGCACUUUUGAAUUAAUAAAAAUGGUAUAAAUUAUUCUAAGAAAACUAAACUAAAUUGGAAAGCUUUAAGAAGAUCGAUGAACUGUAAAGGACCUAAUUAUAAUUAGAUGAAUUAUUAUUAUAAGAUAAUUAGAAUAAAUAAAAGUUAAAGGAAUAAGAAGAACUUGUUGAAAAAUCGAAUGAAUAAUUAUUGUAAGCAAAAGCUAAGAUUAAAGAUAUUGAUUGGCUUUCUGAUAAAAUUGAAGAAUUAGAAUAAAUAUAUAAGAUAAGAAACCAUUCCUUUGUAAAAGGAGAAAUAUCAUUAUUAACCAAAGAUUACGCAUCUGAAUUAUAUUAAUACUUAGAGAAAAGAACUAAUAAAAAAAUAAAAAAUAAAUAUUUGUUGUAUUCUUCAAAGAAUUAGGGCUUAUAUACAGAUAUUUUUAUCAAAAGCAUAGAUAAAAUGUCUAAUUUAUUGUUUGUAUUUAAGUCAUAAUCUGAAUCCAUUUUUGGUGGGUUUAGUCCUUGUUAAUUUUUAAUAUAAAGUGGAGCAUAUCAAAUAGAUGAACAAGCAUAAUCAUUUUUAUUUUCUUAAACCAACAAAGAAUUUUAUCCUAUUCAAGAUAAAUCAAAAGCAAUUUAUUUUACAAAAGAUCUAUUCGCCUUUGGGUUAAAUGAUCUCUAUAUAAAUUCAGGCUUUUAAUCUGGAUCAUCACAAUUAGGUGUAUCAUAUUAAUGUAAUCAAUAUAAUAUACAUAAUGUAAAAAAUCGCUUAUUUGGAUCCCCUAUGCCAAAUAUCACAGCAUGCGAAGUUAUCAUGUUAACAUUUGUUUGA